ACCAGCAGAAAACACCUUAUCUAUGUUUAUCUAGAAUCCGAUGAGUAAGAAACAAAAAAAAAAAACAUUCGACUUGUUACAUUUAUCCAAUGUCUUCAUUCCAUCUUGAUCUUCUUUUCAUCAAUCAACAAAAUAUCUUAACCCUUGAUCCAUGACAAUCAUAGAAUCCAUUAUAUCCAACUUGUCUCUUCAAUUCCGUUCUUCCACAGCCCAAAAACAAAAACCCUCACAUUUUCUCUGCUGCUCCAAUGGCUGCUGCGGCAGCGUUUCGAUCCAAGUCCUUGAGUCACAACCAAAAGGCCAUUCUCACCAUGUCCCAAUUUAGAUACCUGUUAUUCAGCUACGCUCACGCGGGUCGCGUGGUUAAUUCCCACUCACCGCACCGAACCAAGUGGGAGGAUCCCUUCGCCAACACACCCUAUCACUUCACCUCUUUCAAACCCGUCUCGCUUCGCGGCGAGUUCCUCGGAAAGGCCACCCGUUUCCCCAGUAACCUCGCCGCCGCCGGCGGCAGGGUGUCUAACGUUGUUUCUUGCUCCCAGGGCGGAGAGCCGCCGGAGUUGUGGUCCGGCGAGGGGAUUGUUGUCCGUAACGGCGAUUCCGGUAUCCGCGGCCGUUAUACCGGGUCGGAUUUGAAGGAUGGGUUUUGGGGUGGGUCCAAUUUGGGGGGUGAUUUUCCAACGCCAAAGGAGAUUUGCAAGGGACUUGAUAAAUUUGUAAUUGGACAGGAGAGAGCCAAGAAGGUGCUUUCUGUGGCAGUUUAUAACCACUACAAGAGAAUAUUCCAUGAAUCUUCUUCACCAAAGUGGCCUGCAGGCGAUUCAAGCAAUGAUAAAGCCGAUGCUGUUGAUGAUGAUGAUGAUAGAGUUGAACUUGAAAAAAGCAAUAUUCUUCUAAUGGGGCCAACAGGAUCAGGGAAGACAUUACUUGCCAAAACCUUGGCACGGUUUGUAAAUGUUCCCUUUGUUAUUGCAGAUGCAACUACACUCACGCAGGCAAGUUAUGUUGGAGAAGAUGUGGAGUCCAUAUUAUACAAGCUCCUCAUGUCUGCAGAUUAUAAUGUAGCAGCUGCUCAGCAAGGCAUUGUUUACAUUGAUGAAGUUGACAAGAUUACUAGAAAGGUUCUCCAUUGUUAUGUCCUAUUAGAAGAGAUCCAUUAAAGGAAAGCUUAAGAAAAUGAGAGAAAGCGAGAGAAAAGGUUGAGAGAGAA